CAGAAUCUCUGUAAUGCACACAGGAACCAUGGUUAAAACACUAAAUGCCGCUCGCUAGUAUCACACUGCAGCAAACAUCACGUGAUGGACACGCAAGGCAGGCUCUCCAGGCAGGCAGGCAGACAGCCGUGCGUGUGUGAAGAGCACAUUUGCUAGACACGCGGCCGCCGACCCACCUGUCUAGCUCUCGGCUCCUAUCGGCCACCUGACUGAAGGCCUCAGCACACUAAGCAGUCACGCCAUCUCCCUAGGGAGACACCAAAGGCACAAAAAAAACACCAGCCGUCCCGCAUCUGUCUGCUCAUAUCAACACACCACCAUCAUCCCCCCAGCCCCUGGCCCUUCCCCUUCUCGCCUAUCUGUCUGUCUGUCCGUCUGUCUGUCUACUGCAUCCCCAGCGACUGCGACGUCCACAUCUCAUACCAUCUAUUUACACUACCGACACACCACCCAUCCCUCCUAGCUAUCUAUCUGUCCAUCUCUGCCUACUGAAUCCCCAGGGACUGAAACCGCCCCUCCUUGUCGACGAACCCCAGCUGCCCCCAGUCGAACACACACCCCUCGUCGCCCGCCUCGUUGUUGAAGCCCUUGACCACACCACUAAGGCCAAAUCUGCGCACCUCGUCCAGGCGCAGUUUGUGCACCACCUCUCGUAGGCCCACCCGACGGCCGUCCACGCCACCCAGCACGAAGCACUGCAGCUGGGGGAUGCGCACCUGCCGCCCGUCCUCGCGCUCGAUGACGCCACCACAGACCUCUCGGUUGCCGCUCGUCCGUGUGGCGGCCGACGUUACAAAAUGGCGCAUCACGCCAAGCAGACGGCGGCCCUUCGGCGUGUCGUCCUUCAUGACGAAGACGGCAUUGAUGGUCUCGGGUUCGUGCAGGAAGGCCCCGAUGUGCCAUGCAAUGGCCGCCGACUCCUGUGGCCCAAAUGAGAGGGGGGAGGGGGAGGGCGGAUGGGGGAGGGAGGGGGCUUCGUCGUUGUGCUCCACCAGGGGCAGGAUGCGGGCCAUGAGGAUGGCGGCGUCACGCUGGGGAGCGAGGGCCUUGUUGACGCGGUCCAUCACCACGAAGGGCAGCUCGUUCAGCACCACCACAUACUCCUUCUUGGCAAGAGCACGGCGCUCUCUGUCUUCCUGAGUUGCAUUGGGCAUGUUGGCGAUGGAUGCGCCGCGAAUCAGCAGCCGGCGGAUGAUGUUCUUCCGCCGGUGGAUGAGGACCUUCUUGAAGACGAUGUUGUCGUAGUCGUGCUCCGAAUCGCCGGCCAAGUACAAGGCCGCGAGACUGAGGGGGGUGAAGUUGGUCACUGGGGAGGGCCUGUCGACCUCGGCCACAGCGAGGGUCUCGCACAAGACGAACACCAUAAGGGAGGCAGCGGAGACCGCCACGUCGAGAGGUGACUUGCCCUCUGCGUUGGCUGCGGUAAGGUCAGUGCCGCAGCUACUGAGCAGGUCGAGGAGGGCGUGGGUAAAUCCGUCCAGCGGCAGGGGAUUGAUCAUCGACAGUCGAUGGGCUGGGUUGCACUGCUCCUGGUCCACCUCAGUGGCCAGCUCAGGGUGAGCCUCGAGCAGCUCCUGGUGGACAGCCAGCACGUGGACCAGGUAAUCGUGGUCCAGCCGCUUCUCGAGCACGCCCGUUCUUCGCGGCAUGAAGGCCAGCCAAUCCCCAUCGACCGCCACAUCGGACCUCAGCAGCUCAAUCACCGCCUCAAGGUUGGCCGACCACAUGCCCACCUUCAUUGGGCUGUACUGCACACGGUUGCUGCUGCCGUUGCGCCCACUCCGAUACGCCGAUGGGGCCCCCAGCAAUGAGCGCCUCCAGCACGUCCAUCUGUAUCUGUCGCGUCGGCCAUGUGGGCAGCAUCAUCAGCCGCUCCUCACGCGGAUGCUCCUGGCCGUCGGGCUUUGGGUCGACCACCCACAUGAACGGCACUGCGCCGUGCGGAUCGUCGAUGGCGAGGGCAAGGAUGCUCACCACACUGAUGCGCGCCACCUCUGACGCCGCCACGCCCUUGGGGAGUAUGCGGAUGACCAGGUUCGGGUCGGCGCCCUCUUUGCGGAUGAGUCGACGGAUGCCCUUGCGGCCGAUUGUGCGGCGCAUGAGUCGGAUGGUGAGCUGCUUGGACGCCUCGGUGGUGUUGGGCGGGAACCAGAUAUCGAUGCCGUCCAGCUGCACCUGCCGCUCAGAGGAAGCAGCGGCUGCACCACCACCACCACCACCUGCUGCAGGGGCACUUGAGCCGUCCGUCAUGACCACAUCGCCUCCGCCCUACCACACAGAGAGGAACACAGGCACAUAGCAUAUUCGUCCGAGCAUCUGAUGCGAUUACUGCUUGUGCGCCGCUGUGAUGGCGUGCGCGUACUUGAGGCGGUUGCGGGGAUGCGGCGUCGCUGUCCAUCUCCCCACAGCCACCACACACUCAGAGAACAGCACCUGAGCUCCGGAAAGCGCAGAAGGAUGAGGCGGCAUGCACAUCAUAUUAACUCCACUGAUGCCUUCUCAAUGUGCCCUUCUCACCUGGAAACGAUGAGUACUCGUCGAGGGCUCACCCCGUCGGACGGUGCACUACAAAGAAGAGGGUGAGUCGCCUGGAGAUCUACUACACACAGAGCUCCACCUCGAUGAGCCGAUAUCCAGCAGGGCCUCUCUCGUCCGAUUUGAUGAGAUGCG